UACAAGAAACAACGUCAAGCUUUGUUCUGUUCAUAUGUGCGACAUUGGAAACUUAAAUUAUCCGAAACACAUUAACUUUAUGAUUCAAUGUGGAAUAACAAUCAGUUAUGAGGAGUUCCAAUUUUCUUGUGUUCUUAUUUGGAUUACCAAUUUUGUCCCACCAGACUGUAAUUUUAAAGAUUGGAGUAAUUUCAAGUAUAUGUGGCAAGACCAAUUCAUCUGAGGGUAAAAACACGUCUCUUACAUACAAACCAACGACAUAUGAAGAACUUACAGCUGAAAUAUUUUGGAAAUUUGUCAACGUAACAGAAGAGUUUCAAGUUUUGCUUGCAGUUACUGAAUUGUACCAUUUAGACUUGGAUUGUAUUGUAAUAGCGGCAAAUGUCCAAAUUCCUGAGGCUGUUGCAAAUUUGAUAAAAAUUCCUGUUAUUGAUUGGGGAAAGGAUAAAGUGACAAAUUUAAGCACACCAGUAACGUCAACCGAUGGCUGUCAAAUGACGACGCCGAUCACAACAAUCGCACCUAACGAAUGUACGUUACCUGAAGGGAUUUAUAAGUACCAGCAGGAGCCAUUGUUUAACAACGUGACUGGUGCAGCUAUCACUUUGAUUUCUGUUAUCGUCCACUUAAAGUGGUCUUCAGUUUGCAUAGUCUUUGACAAUGACACAGAACACGAGGCAAUGCGGUUGCAUCAUGGUUUAUCUGAUGUUGGAAUCUUUGCCGAUGUGCAUAGUUUGCAGCAGAUGACAUCACAAAAGAUUGAUUCUCUGAUGAAAGAAAAAGCUGCUGUUUAUGACGAAACAAGCCUAAACUGUACCAUUCUAUGUCGUUUGGAAUCUUGUCAACAAUAUUUGGAAAAGCCAUUUGAUUAUGGACGAAAACAUAUGGUUCGAUCCUCUCUUCUACACAACUCCAGAUGGUUACUGGGCAUUUUUCAUGACGGUGAUAUCUCAGUUUUGGAAACCAACAGCAGUACAGAAUUAGACAAUGUAGCAGUGAUACAAUACCCUACUUCGCUUCUAAACGAAUAUCAACAAAAUGAAUUGAAAUUAGAAGAUGCCGUGAAGAAUGUUUUCAUGCAUAUGAGCGAGUUGAACGACUCUAAUACAAGGACACUUACAGAAGCUGCCAUAGAAGGACUGUAUGAUAUUGAUUCUGAUGAAUUUAAAUAUUGUGCAUGGCUACCAAUACAAACAUUGUUGUGGCACACAAGGAAACGAGGAUUUAGUAAUGUUGGAUAUACACAGCUAACGGGAAGUCUUAGUGUGUCAAAGAAUAUUUAUCCGAACGCAAAAUUCGGCUUUAAUAGACGUAAAUUCAUUGUGAGCUCUCUACCAUGGAAUCCAUUUGUCGUCCUAGAUAAUGAAACACAUAACUAUACAGGGUUCACCAUAGACCUAUUACAGGAGCUUGCACAUGGACUCAACUUUACGUAUGAAAUGACAGCUCCAUCUGAUGGUCAGUGGGGUAUAGAGGGGAAGAAUAAAUCAUGGACAGGUUUGGUAGGACAACUUCAACGACGGGAUGUAGAUAUAGUGGCUGCCCCCUUGUCAAUACAGACAGAUAGAGAACGAGUUAUAGAUUUUACAUAUCCAUAUUUCUAUGAAUCCUCUGCUAUUUUAAUGAAAAAACCUGAUCCGAACUUAACCAAAUGGAGAACACUGAUAGAUCCUUUCAGUACUACUGUCUUGUUAUGUAUAUUUGUUUCCUUGCCAAUUUGUUCGUUCUUUCUGUUUUUCUUCGAAAAGUACAAUCCAUACUAUAGAAAAGUAGAGGAUAGAAGCAAAGUUCGAGGACUGCAUCAUUUUUCGGACUCGUUUUGGUAUAUGUAUGGUGCUCUGUUAACACAAGGUGGAGAACAUAUGGCAGAUUCGUCAUCCGGUCGUACUCUUUUAAGCUUUUGGUGGAUAUUCUGUAUAAUUAUGAUGGCUACCUACAGUGGUAAUCUAAUUGCUUUUCUGACAGUGACAAAAGACAAACUUCCUUUCACAGACCUGUCAGGGCUUGUUGCACAGGAUAAAUAUGAAUGGGGAACCCAAGGAGGAUCUGUAUUCGAACAUAUUUUCAAGACAUCGACGCUUCCGGAGUAUCAGACGCUUUGGAACGGAAUUGUGGGAUAUAAUCAAACUGAUAAUAGAGUUCUGAGUGUUUUAGGAAAUGUACAAAUAGAAAAGGUUAUUGAAGGAGACUAUGCGUACAUUGGAGACAAAACUUACUUUGAUAUGAUUAUGGUUAAUAAUUGUGACUUAGCGAUGACAUUAGCUGAAAUCCUCCAAUUACAGUACGCAAUAGCUCUACCAAAUAAUUCACCAUUUACCAAGAUGUUUUCAGAUGAGAUUAUUUCAAUACAUGAGAGUGGAUUACUUCAGAUAUGGAAGUUGAGACAUUGGCCCAAACCUGGAUUUUGUAAAGGGUCUCUUCUUAAAGAGCCUAAAGCUAUAACACUUAUAGAUGUCCAAAGUGCAUUUUAUAUGAUAGGGAUUGGCAUUUUCGUGGCUUCAUUUACCCUGUUUAUUGAGUUUUUAAAGCAGACAUACUGUAAAUGGAGAGAAAAGAUCGGAAAGGCAAAAGAAAAACCUCAAACAAUAAGACACGUUAGCACAAUACCAAAAUUAGACGAAUUUAUAUCUUACUGAAGAAAACCAUAUACAUUACCAUAUUGAAUACCUGAAGCAAAGCGAAGAGAAAUGUUGACUUAUUAGAUUUCCAUGUUCUUUUGGAGUAGAUAUAUUGAAAAACACAGUGACCUGGUUUGCAUUACGGUAUAAUUACGAGGAGAAAAAUAUUGUUACCAUAUGGAAUGUGCUGACGGGAAAGUCAUACAUCCGAAUGACAAUGCAUGGCAAUUCUGAAAAAAAGAUAUGAAAAUAAGCAUAGAUCAACAAAAGGUCCAGUUACUUCUAAAGAAAUCACAAAUCAAACAAUUAGUAUAAGACGCACUAAUGUUUUGUUAGAAAUCCUUUCAAAGCAUUUGAUGUUUACUAAUAUUAUUUUGAUUCAUAGAAAAAAAAAUUAUGUUGUUAGGAUUGAAUUGACCAAAAUUGUGUUUAAAACAGAAAUUAAGACCAGAAAACCCCUAAAGGAUCAGGUAGAAAAAGAGCAUUUUUUUUGGCGCUGGAAUUAAAAACUAUAGUUUUUUAUCCUUUUAAAACAAUGCUUGUCAAAUAUGUUAACCUAUCAAGGAAUAGUAAAACAUAGUUUGAACACUUUAAUUUAUUAAGUUAAAAAUUUGAAGUCACUAUGGCUUGCAUUUUCAUAAUCCAUUAUAAUAUAUGAAUUAGAGAUAAAUACAUGCAUCUGAUACUACAUAAGAAGUGGAAUGCAAAAGUCGUUUUAGAUUUUUCAUUUUCACAUUAAUGUCUUAGAUAUUUGCUCUUUUCUUGCCUAAUUCUUGCAGUUAUUAUAACCACUAUGCCACCUUCAUUCCUUUUCGCAAGUUGUGAAGCCAGCAAUUAACCAUCUUGACAGCCGACAACACUACAAGUUACAUUAAGACAAUAAAAAAAAAUAAAAAAACAUAUUCAAGUUUUGAUUUUGUUGUCGUUUGAGAACAAGAUAAACUAAGCGAUUCAAAUGUUCAAGACGACAAUUUCUUCACAACGAAUCAUAUGUGUAUUGCGUGGUUGUUUAUUUCAAUUUGCAGUAUUCGAUUUUAAUAUAUCAUAAUGUUGGUUACUGUGAUUGCAACGUGAUACGUGUGAACAUUUUUUUUUAUCUGAAAUCUUAGUACAUUAAAAAAGAAUUGUAACUUCUCCACACAUACACUCAUUAUAGAUAGCAAGAUUAAAAGUAAUGUUGCAUUGGCAUAUACAUAUUUUCUUUUUCUAUCAACAUACAAAUGUAAGUUAAAUUCACAAACAGACAAGGUGAAAAACCAUAUUGCUGGUAAGUAAUCUGUUGUAUUUGUUCCAAUUAUUAUAAUUAUAUUAUAAAUAUUUUACUUGGAAUACUUUCUCUGAAAAUACUAUAGAUUCAUUUAUUUUCGUGGUUUACAAUUUUCGAUGAUGUUUGAUUUCAUGGUUUUCCAAUAAUCAUCAUUUAUUCAUACUGCAAAUUUUCAAUUUGUUGAACAUUGAAAUCCGCGGUUUCCCUGUACCAUAGAGAUCCGCGAAAAUUAGGAUUUAACAAAUAAUAAUUAAUAUACAGUAUUAUCAACUUGUAACAGAAAUGAUAAAAUUAUUCUUGGUUUUGCAUUGAUGUAUAAUACUAUGAUGGAAUAACUGGUUUAACGAGAACAUUAUUUUUACAUGUAACAUGUUCAUUAUGAAAUAUGCGUCCAUGUUGUCUCCCCUUAUUGGUAAUCGAGAAUUUUACAAUAAAUGUAAUUGCAUUUAUAUCUAAAGAUGUUAAGUUUUUCGUCAUGAUAAUUUGUUAAAAAUAUGAUGUAUCAUAGAAUGUGUAAUAUCUUUAUGUAUGUAUGUGUGUUUGUGUGUUUGGAGAGAGAGAGAGAGAGAGAGAGAGAGAGAUGUUAUUUGAAGGUUGGUCGUAUAAACUGAAUGGUUUUGAUGAAUAUUACUGAAACCAUUAAUUAUAACUUGAAUUCCUUUGACUUUUAGAUACAGCGAUGUAACAUAUAGUUUCAAGUACUACUGUUGAUAUUUCGAAUAUUUUAUUACAUGCGUUUCAAUAUGAAUAAAUUUUUAUACUAUUUACUGAAGCUGUUCUCUUCUUA